CCGAGCCCAGCCGAGCCGCGCCGCUCGCACACGAGCGGUGGCACCGUGUGCUUUCUUUUGGGGGCAGGGUGCUCGCUUCUUUCCUAGCGGGAAGCGGGAGGAAGGCGGCCGAGGGGUCCGUCCCCGCCCGCGCGUGUGCGGAGAGCGGCCGGCGGCGGCGCCGGGGGUGCUCCGCGCCCUCGCCCUGCCCGCGGUGCAGUUACGAUGCGCCCCGGACGCCGUGCGGCUGCAGCGCGGCGGCGCUGACAUCGCUCACCAUGGACAGCUUCGACUUAGCUCUCCUUCAGGAGUGGGACCUGGACUCUCUGUGUGUCUAUGAGCCAGAUAGAAACGUGCUGCGAAGGAAGGAGUGGGAAAGGAGAAACCAGGAGGCCCAGCAGGACAAUGGCGCGUUUAACGCGAGCUAUUCCCUCUUCAGUGAACCUUACAAGACUAACAAGGGGGAUGAGCUUUCCAAUCGCAUCCAGAAUACUUUGGGCAACUAUGAUGAAAUGAAAGACUUGUUAACUGACCGGUCAAACCAGAGCCAUCUCGUUGGGGUUCCAAAACCUGGGGUUCCUCAGACAUCUCUCCCCAAGACCGAUGAACACCUUAUCUCAGACUCGAGACCACCACCUCCUCCUCCUAUUUCCAGCACUACUUCUUCCACACCAGCAUCCCUAGCAGCCCAGCAGAGCAAGAGUACCACAAUGGGCUGGCAGAAGGCUGGGCAUAAUGCCACUUCAGAUGGCCAGCAGAGAGCGAGCAAACACGGACACCGGUCGCUGGAGUCACACAAGGGUGACUUCAAACUGGCCAGCCAAAAAUCCAGUUUGGAGAAACUAAAACACUAUGCAUCGAGUCCCACCUCCUCCUCUUCCUCCUCCUCUUCUUCCUCUUCCUCCUCCACCUCCUCUUCCUCCUCCUCCUCCAAUACUGCCCAGCAAAGCUCACUGAGGGCCACAUUAGGAGACAACACCAAUAGAGUCCAGCAGGCAGCGAAGCUCAGCUGUAGCUCAGAAGGAGGAACCAAAGUCCAAGAGAGGCCAGCAAAGCAUGGUGGGGGGCACUGCGUCCAAAACUUCCCACCCUCUCUUGCUUCAAAGCCCAGUCUGGGUCAGCAGAAGCCAACAGCCUAUGUUAGGCCAAUGGACGGUCAGGACCAGGCUCCGGAUGAGUCUCCAAAGCUGAAGUUACCAGCAGAGACAACCAAGUCAUAUCGGGGAGUGCCUUCCAGCAAGCCUGAUUCGGCCAGGACCAAGUCAAAGAUCACCAAGUUCAGCAUUCCUAAGCAAGAGGAGGACAGUGGAACAGGAGAUAACAGCUGCAUUGAAGAAAUAUUGCGGGAGAUGACCCAUUCAUGGCCUCCACCGCUGUCAGCUAUUCACACACCAGGAAAGGCAGAACAAAGCAAGUUUCCCUUCCCAAACAAGGAGUCACAACAGGGAUCUACAGGACACAGCAAUACAAGGAAAAGUGAUGUAGAGCCAAAGACCCCAGAGAAAAGCGCAACGCAUACAUCAAUGCUAGAAGAUGACCUCAAGUUAAGCAGUGAUGAAGAGGAGAAUGACCAGCAGGCAGCACAGAGAUCUGCUCUCCGCGUUCUAUCUGACAGCCUGGUGGUGCCGCAGGCCAGUGCCCGAGCCUCGGGACUCUCCAGCAAGGGCUCGAGCAGCAGCAGCUCCAGUGAAUCCGAGAGCAGCUCAGAGUCUGACUCCGAGAGCGAAAGCAGCUCCAGCGAGAGUGACGGCAGCAAGGCCUCGCACUACUCCAGCCCAGAGCCCGAGCCGCCCUCGUCCAACAAGUGGCAGCUGGACAAGUGGCUGAACAAAGUCACCCCUCACAAAGCACCCAUCCUCACCCACCCCGAUGGCCCGGCGCUGGAAGCCCACCCGUACUACGGCCGCGUGAAGGCAGAGCGGCAGGAAGGACAGAAGACCCCGGCUGAGGGCCCGGCCGAGCAUCGCAGUGAGGAGAGCCGCGCCGCCGCCGCCGCCGGGGACGGGCCGCGGCCCAGGACCGCCAACAAAGCGCCAGGCAGCAAGGGCAGCCGGCAGAAGUCACCGCUCGCUGCCGACGGCGGGCCGCCGAGGCGGGCAGCAGGGAAGAAGGCACCGCGGCGAGCCGAUAGGAACUCCGCCGGAGACGGCGCCCCCUGCCCCAGCGCAGAGGAGCCCCCCCGGAGCCACGGCUUCCCUGAGGGCGCUGCUGGCGAGGCGCCCAGGGCCCGGCCCGGCGGCGGCGGCUGCAGAGCGGGGCACCGCCGGGAGCCCCGCUCGGCUGCAGCUGGUGAGAAGCGUCGGGCCCGAGGGCCGAGCAAAACGGCGCCGAAAUCCAAGGAGUUCAUCGAGACCGAGUCUUCGUCCUCAUCAUCCUCCUCCGACUCAGGCUCUGAGUCGGAGCGGGAGGAGCGCCCGCUGCCCAAGGUGCCAGCGGCAGCCGGGCCUGAGCCGCGGGGUGCCAAGGACGCGGGGAGCGGCACCGCCAGCAAGCCCCACGGCGGCUGCAGUGCCUUUGGCUCUAUUAAUGCCAGGACUAGUAGUGAAAUAGCAAAGGAGCUGGAGGAACAGUUUUACACCCUGGUUCCUUUCGGUAGGAAUGAGCUCCUGUCUCCUCUGAAAGACAGUGAUGAGGUAAAGUCGCUGUGGGUCAACAUUGACUUGGCUCUUUUGUCCAGGAUUCCAGAGCGUUUGCCCGAAGAACCGCUGGCCAUGAGCGCCGGAGCAAACCAGGCGGCCAGCUUCCCGCAGGGUAGUAGUGCUGAACCCCCCGCAGAGAAGGGUUUACCGAAAUCUAGAAGGAAACGCAAGUGUGAGAAUGAGGAAGAGUGCAGAGACAUCAAGAAGACCCACUUAGAGCGAGAGAGUUCUUCACGAUUAGCUGCUUCUACCCAAAGCAUCACAACAGCAAAUCACUGCAAUAUGAAUGAAAAUAGCUUGGCAAUACCAAUAAAUAAAAAUGAGAAAAUGCUUCGGUCACCCGUCUCUCCCCUCUCUGAUGCAUCAAAACACAAAUAUUCCAACGAUGAUUUAACUUCCUCCAGCAGACCUAAUGGCAGCAGUCUAUUACCUUCAAUCUCCUCAAGCAAAAAACAUAAGGGUGAAAUCCAGUCACAGCCACAUCCUGGGGACUUCAAUAAAGCAAUUCACAUCAAUUCAGAAAAUGUUCUUCUCUGCAAUAAGCCACAGUUCCAAACAGAGCCUUGGUCACCUCUGUCCACCACACCCAGGGACUGCAGAAGAACAAAGCUUAUCUUUGAUGAUAUACCACGCAAUGCAGAUUACUUUAUGCAGGAAGCUAAACGGAAGAAGCAUAAAGCAGAUGCAAUGGUGGAGAAGUUUGGAAAGGCACUGAAUUAUGCAGAAGCAGCACUAUCGUUUAUUGAGUGUGGAAAUGCAAUGGAACAAGGCCCAAUGGAAUCUAAAUCCCCUUACACCAUGUAUUCAGAGACAGUUGAACUCAUCAGGUAUGCAGUGAGACUAAAAACCCACUCAGGCCCCAACGCCACGGCGGAAGACAAACAGCUGGCAGCAUUAUGUUACCGCUGCCUGGCCCUUCUGUACUGGAGGAUGUUCCGGCUCAAGAGAGACCAUGCCGUCAAGUAUUCAAAAGCGCUUAUUGAGUAUUUCAAGAAUUCAUCAAAAGCUGCCCAGAACCCAUCUCCUUGGGGUGCCAGUGGAAAGAGCACAGGAACUCCAUCACCUAUGUCCCCUAGCCCUUCUCCAGUCAGUUCUGUAGGAUCCCAGGGGAGCACGGGGGCCCCUUCCCCAUCUCCUAUCAUCAGCAUCCCGCAGCGCAUCCAUCAGAUGGCCGCCAACCACGUCAGCAUCACCAACAGCAUCCUGCACAGCUAUGACUACUGGGAGAUGGCUGACAACCUGGCCAAGGAAAACAGAGAUUUUUUUAACGACUUGGAUGCAUUGAUGGGACCUAUCACCUUGCACAGCAGUAUGGAGCAUUUAGUCCAGUACACUCAACAAGGACUUCACUGGGUGCGGAAUAGUGCUCACUUGUCAUAAUGACUGUGUGCCAUUCACAUGGACAGUAUCCCUUUCAUGGAUAAUUCAGUUAUUCUGGACACUGUGCUACAGAAAUAGUCAGCUACAGCAUUGAUCCAAACAAAGGUGAAUAUUUCUUCAAUAUUGAGCAAAAUUCUUCUGAGUGUAGACAUGUAUGUGCACAGAGGUACAAUAUACAAUGAUGUCUCUUCAGAAUGAAUUGUUCUGUAUCACUCUCCAAACAUUUUCAUACACUACAAAUACUACAAAGAACUGAUCUUAAUGCACAAGCAUACCCUUUCUAUUGUACUGAAAAACUCAGAAACCAAAAUCUUAUGGGUUGAUUGAACCAAGUGCAAUAAGCACAGAUCCCUAUUCAGGAAAGCUCACAAUAGAUUCUUAACUUUAAGCUUGUACUGAAAUCCUGAUGACUUCAGCAGAGCUUAAGCACAUACACAAGGGCUUUCCUGAACUGGAAUGAAUGAGGGCAAAUCAUAGACAUGGAGAAUUUUUACUGCGAGCAUGGACGCGUCACAGAAGUUUCCAUAUUAAUUGUGCCAUCUCCCUGUUACUUCUCCACUGGAGCGCAGAGAGGAGGUGUGUAGUCCACAUUAAGUUGGAGAAAGACAGCAUUCCUUCAUGUGCAAUAAGUUUCAACAAAUUGCAUGCAUUUCUUUAUCUCCUGUCUUUUUCAAUAACUUUAUGUCUCAUUCAGCUCCUCACCAACAGUGCGACCUACAGUACCAAGCAAAAGGAAGGCCUAAAAACAGAUAUGCUGGUAGGAAGAACUUAAAAGAGAUGGUGCAAAAUUGCAUUCUGUUACUGACAGUAAAUAGAUAAGGAAAAAAUAUGGCAAACAGUAAUCCACUUAGGAAGGAAAAUGUGUUAACUUCGGCUGCACACACACACACAGACAGAUAUUUAUAACAGUUGUUGGCUUUGCAUGGGAAGGCUUCAUCCUGCAGAUUUUGGCUUUCAUAUCUUUUUCAUCUAGCAGAAGCUUGCAACGUUUUCUUCCAGGCUGUAUGGGAGCAUUACACGCAAUUUCCUUUAUCUGGGAAGCUGAGUUUGCUGCUCAUCAGGCUAAGAACUGUUUCCUAUCAUAAUCCUCUCACUCUUCAUGCAUAAUCCUCAACUAGGCUUUAGCGUUUCUUGAUUUAUGGGAUGUUUUCAGUUCCCGUUGACAGGCUGUGUUUUUCAUGCCAGAGAAUUAAUCCCACAAUAAUUGGAGUUUAAUUUGGGUCAGAUGAGGUCAAGGCCAGUUCAUAUCAACUGUGCUUGCACUCAGUGCAUUUUUGUUCAUUUUCAGUGGUUUUCACAUAUUUAGGGGUUCUUUUUUCUAUAUUGGAAAUAUUUUCUUUUGCAAUCAGAUUUGCUGCCUUUACUCAAAUCAGCAGCUCCAAUGACUUUCAAUUGAUUGUUCUUGUCAAAGGCAUUAGUGAACCCUUUUACUGUUAUUUUCUAAUCUAAUUUGCUUACAUAUUAAGAAAUUGUGAGUACAAAACACACUUUCAAUAGAAGAUACAAGUAGAAGUAGCCACUGAUACAAAUGGUUGAUUAAUUGGUACUUGCUGCCUUUAGUUUUCUGUCCCCCCUUUUUGAAGAGCUGCAUUUUGAAGAAAAGAUACCAAAAAAUAUGGCACAAUUUCUCAGUCAAAUGUCUUUGGUAGCACAGACUUCAUGUACCCCAUGGUAAAUAGUGGGCUUGUGAGCACACUGAGCCCCACAUAGCUGUGUUUUUCUCACCAUAACUCCAGCUAUUGCUCAGACUCAGCAUUCACUGUGUUCUCUGAAGCAGCCACCAAGGAACUGCUCAGCCCCAAGCCAUCCUGGGCCAAUAUUUUUGUGCCCAUCGGUGCUCAGAUACUUCCCCCCAGGAGAAUGCCUGUGGCUGUAGCCACCUCAUAGUACGGACUUGAGUGUUACAAAGUGGCUGGCUUUAGGAGAGAACAUGUACUUGCCUUUAAAUGACAAAAUACGUGACCUGUGAGUCCUGCUGUCACCCUUAGCCCUGGCUGUCACCCACCCCAGAAGGAACACACUUUGUUUCGUCACAAGUAUCGCGGAGAACUCGAUCGGUGCCUUUCUGUUUAUCCCUUGCCUGAUCUCCAGCCGUGGAAGGAAGUCUGUCAGGAUUUGCUAGACUAGUAGCAACGGAUUCUGUCAGCUGCUUCAAUGCCAUCCACAGGUACUGCAGGAUUUCUCCUCAGAUCAGGAAAGUGAAACUCCAGCUAGAUUAGCUUCUGUUUUCUUUGACGGUGCCUAUGAUGUUUAUCUUCAGAUAAGUUUGGGGGUUUGGGAGCCCUUUCUGAUAUUUAAUGUUGAGAAAUUUUAGAAGUAACAUAUAUUACUUGCCUUAAAUGGAGUUUAGUUUUAUUGCACAUGUGGCAUUUGAGUUUCAAAUAUGGAACUUUGAAGCAUGUUUAUUUUACUAAGAUCGGGAUAUUUUUCUUAAUCAUGAUGAACUCUUUGUAUGGAUAUAAUAUGUCAAGAAACUUCAAAGAAAUGCAAGAAUUAAUGGUGUUUUGUUGUAACAUUUCCAAGUACUAAGCAUCUCUGUAGAUGAUUGUCCUUUCCUGUACAUUGCUCUCAUAUUGAGUUAUCUCAGCUAAACUAUGGCUUCCAUGGAAAUCUUACUGAUUUUUCAUUUUUGUGCUGGCGUCAUCUGUGUUGUCUGAUGAGCACACCAAGCCUUAAUUUCUGGUGGUGCAACAGCAUGAGUGGAUUAAAGGGUUUGGCUUUCUCUCCAUAGGGUUUCUCACAGCUAAACUAUUUUAGCAAGGUUAUUUAGAAUACUCUUCUGUGCAGGCUGUUUGCUCUGUAGUGUUGCUGCUGAUUGGAUGUCUGAAUGUGGCACGGUAACAACAAAUACUUAAUUUCACCUUCUUAGGGACUGGUCUGCAAAAGUGCAUGUGACUUCAGGUCUGGUCCAGUUAAGCAUAUGCACCACUUUAAGAACCUGAAUAGUCUUAGGCAUAUCACACUGUGAGUCAAAGAUGCUCUGUGUGUUUUGGAUGGCACCAGAGGAGGCUGUCCUUUUUUGCAGUUCCAUGAAACACACUGACUUAUUUUAAUCUGCUGUGAAAGUCCAGGAACAUGCAGGCUUCUUUAGACAUAGCAACAUUAAGGUUCAAUUUUGGAAAAGUAAGAAGUCAUUCUGUACAAAUCCAGAAGGAUUAUGCCUGGAGGAAGAAGUCUGCUUACAAACAGAGACUCCUCAAUCAGUAAGAGCUCAUACAGCAAUGGGAAUGGAUGCAAAGGAACUGUGUAUUGCAGGUGGGCUUGACAAAUCCAGAACAGCCUAUAGGAUUCUCACAGGCAGCAAGACAGUACAGAGCCCUUGGCCUUAAACCUUUUUACUAUGGCAUGGUGGCAUGAGUGUCAGGUAAGAACAAAGCAUAUGCAGAGGUUCAAGUGUGGUCAAAAGCCAGGCAUAAUCCUUCCUGUCAUGUGGCAGGAUACCCAAACCCUUGUUUGCCUAUUUCUUUUGUUCAAAUAACAGAGCUCCAAAGGAAGAGAUUAUAGUGAACAGAAGACCUUAGGUAAAGGAGGUUAAGAGGAUCAUGCCCUAAGUGUAGAUACAAACACACAUGUAUAUACUGUAAAUCUAAAUAGUAAUAAAGUCACUCAGCAUGAAGGAUAUUACUAGUGCCUACCAUUGAUCAUCAAGUACUCAUCACUGAGCAGCCAUAUCACCUAAGAAGUGCAGUAGCUGUUGUCAAAAUAAUUUGUGUAGCUAAUUAAUUUAUAUUAAAUGCACCUUUGGGACUGUGCCAUACUAUCUCUUUUGUAAUACAAAUGUUCAACCAUUUUUCAUGGCUACUGUUUCAAAUCUGAAAUGUCAGGCUAUCUUUUCUGCCCCAGAUGAGAACAUACACUUAGACCUGGCUAAUCUGUACUUAGUUUAUCUACCCAAGAGACUUUAGUAGUCACCAGCCUUAAUGCAUGUACAGUAUAUGCUAUUCACUGACUUAGUUGUAGGUUUUAAUCCAAAUGAAAUUGGAAUUUUCAAAAUGACUUGGAUUAAUGGCAUCUGCCUAGAUAUCCCAUAGAUGUGACAUUAAAUGAUUCAUGAUUUGAAGCAAGAAAGUUUGAAUUUUAUGUAAAUAACAGUGGAUUAUUGAUCUUUUUACAAGACGAUUUUUUUUAAAUUAAAAGAUUGUCAAAGCAAUAGGUUUUUUAACUCUCCUAAAUUUUUGGCAGGUCGUGGGUUCAUGGUAAAAGCUAUAUUAAGAACAUCUCCUUCUGCAAUAUGCCUUGUCUUUACAUAAUCCUCUUAAUGCUUAAUAUGUCAGAAAGAAAUGUUUCUUGUCCACAGCAAUGGCAACAUUUCCCUCCCCCAUACAGCGAGAAUCCUCAAACUAAAGAAUAAAAUCUCCUGGCACAAUAGAAAUACAAACAAUGCCUGAAGUAUACAGACUUGUUAAGGUAAAAACAGAAGUCUGUCUGGCACAUACCUAACAUGCCUCUCAUUUUGUUAUCUUUUGUUAUCAUUUACAUCACAUAUUUGACCUCACUGUGUUUGAAACUAAAGAAUUAGUCUAGUUUUCAUGUCUUAAAAAUGCCUGGUUGGUCUGAUCAGUAUCAUAAUUAGAACUGUUACAUUAGGUUAUGUGCUGUGCACCAAGGCCUGGGAAGGCAUGUAACCAUAGAUAAAUUUGUCAGAAUGCAUUCAGAAAAGCAUUUGGAUGAUCUUAUGUCUGGUAUGUCUCAAAAAUGUGGAACUAUGUCUCUGAGCCAAUAUUGUUAGCAUGAAAAAUUAGCUAAUUUACCAUCUCUCACAAACCUGCCAUUUGCCCUCAAAAAGGCCAAGCCUCCAUUUCCAGCAUCACUGGCCCCAAGCUGUAAAUUGCUCUUAAGGUUAAUUAACAAACUGGGAAAGUCACUUUAGGUCCUGUUUGUGCUAAGCUGACUAAAGCUACAGAGAGGAAAGCACUAAGAUUUAGACAUCUGUUGGUCUUUCAAAAGGCUAUGGUUUUCUUCAGUGAGAUGGGUGAGAUCCAGCUGGGGCUAUUUCUUCAAGUAGUUCCUCUGCCUCCACUUGCUGUCUAGUCCUGUUGCUCUUGGUAGCCCACAAGUAUGCCUGACCUUGAGCAGUGUUUCCUUCUUUGGCAGCCCAAGCCACCUUUCCAAUGGGGUGCUGGAACACGGAGCAAGUAACUCACAGGUUGCAUAAAGGGCCUGGCUUUUGCCCCCAAAACCAGCAACAAAUACACCAAGGCUCCUUCACUUUUGCAAUUUUUGUAGCUUGAAUUUCACACUCUGCAGCUUGAAGCCCAGCCUUGUCCCUGCUGCUCUCAAAGGAUUCCAGAAGGUCCAAGGAAAACAACAGAACUGAGGGGGGCUGGAAAAAGGGAUUUCCUCUGUCCCACUUAGUCAUUUUUGGGAGCAAAUACAGUGAACAGCAUGAAUGAUAAGGCAGUCAGGUCUCAUGUUUCUCAUAUGUACCAACACAGGGAUACUUAACAUUUAUCUGCCUCAUAGGGCUUUAUGAGAAUUAAUUAAUGUUUGCAAAUCACUUUGUAUCCUCAGAAGGAAAGUGCUGUUGAAGAGCUAUGGAAAAAACUGCUAAGUACACUGGAUGAAUUUCACCCCUGAGUCCAGAGCUACAAGACCCACAAAAUCCUUAAAUACUAUAUAAGCUCUUGGUGUAAGCAGCAGAGUGUGUAAAACUUGUGCUUAGAGCCAAGGGGUGUCACAGUCUAGGUGAAAUUGCCAUUCCCAGAGUAUCUAUGACUUUGAUCCUGGCAGAGAGCAAGAAUCACAACAGUACAUAAUGGGACAAACAGCAUAGAUUAACAAAGUGCUGCAUGGCCAUCCUAAGAGUUUAAAAUCUUUUUAUGUCUUUCAGUUGCUUUGUAUAUCUGCAAAAGAAAUUUGUACAAAGUAUGUUCCUCAAAACAGCCUCAAGUGUUCAAAUAAUUCAUUAAUCCAAAUCCAGCUUCACAUAACUUCAGAUCAACGGAAAUUUUCUUUUGGCAUGGUGCAUUGCGGAGAACUAGCUGCUUAACAAGGCAUUUUUUUAAAAGUCUCUCAUUACAUAAUAUGUGUCUGAUUUUGAUGCACAGUACCAGUAACCAAAGUGGGAAGUCAGAGAUUGGUUGGGAGCACAGUGUUCUCCCACUCUGUGUGGGAGUGACCUUCCCAAAUCACACCAUUGUUAGACAGCAUCCCCAGGGCAGACUUCCAGCUCUGUUCUGACACAUUACCCCUAGAAAUUAUCAAUAAAGCCCUUCACCAAGGACUGAACACGGGUCAAAUCAACAAAAUGUUUCUAACAUGGUUCAUGUUACUCAGUUAACACUAACAAGUUCUUUCUUAGAAGUAGUUAUCCUUUUCUCCUCCACUUGGCAUUCUUAUAUGUGGAAUUCUUACCCUGUCAACAGACUUGAAAGAAAACAUUUCCUGAAGGAACCAGCUAGGCAUAGAUAACAUGUACCAAAGGACAGGCCCUUCUUAUUCUUUUUCUCACUUCUAUUUUAGAAUACACCUCUAUUUAAAAAAAUUAUAUUUUCCUUUGCAGUUUAGAUUUAUCAUAGAAUCAUAGAAGGGUUCAGGUUGGAAGGGACCUUGAAGAUCAUCUAGUUCCAACCCCACUGCAGUGGGCAGGGACACCUUUCACUAGACCAGGUUGUUCAAAGCCUCAUCUAGUCUGGCCUUGAACAUUUCCAGGGAUGGGGCAUCCACAGCUUCUUCGGGCAACCUGUUCCUAUGUCUCACCACACUCAGAGUAAAAAAUUUCUUCCUUAGAUCCAAUCUAAAUUUACUCUCAGUUGAAAACUCUUUCCCCUUGUCCUGUUACUACAGGCCCUAGUAAAGUCUUUCUCCAUCUUUCUUAUAAAUCUCCUUUUUGUACAAAAAGACCAUGGUCACCAUAAGAUCUCCCCAGAACCUUCUCUUCUCCAGGGUGCACCCCAACUCUCACAGCCUGUCUUCACAGGAGAUGUGCCACAUCCCUCUGACCAUGUUCAUGGCCUCCCCUGGACCUGCUCUAACAGGUCCAUGUCCUUCCUGAAUUGGAAACCCAGAGCUGGACACUGCACUCCAGGUGCUGUCUCACCACAGCAGAGUAGAGGGGAGAAUCACCUCCCUCCACCAGCUGGUCAUGCUUUUUUGGCUUUCUGGGUUGCAAAGGCAUGUUUCUGGCUCAUGUCCAGCCUCUCAUCCACCAGCAACCCCAGGUCCUUCUCAGCAAGACUGCUCUCAAUCAGUGCAUCCCUCAUCUGUAUUGGUACUGGGGCUUGGACAAACACAGGGACAGGACCAUGAAAUUCACCUUGAUGGGCCUCAUGGGGUUCACAUGAGGGUCCUCUCUCUCUCAAGGUCCCUCUGGAUGUCGAGGUCCCUUCCUGCAGUUCUAGAUAUUUUUCUCCUCAACUCCAUCUCCUGGCUUGCAACAUGCAGGACAAGGCAGAGUAGAAACUGGUCACAGGAAAAAGGUGAAAGGCAGCGCAGAGCUCUCCAAGCAGUUCAGGACCUUCCUGCUUUCUUCUCAUUCCCACCCCAUCUGUGGGACUGGCAUCCACUUUCUCUCAUUAUUUCCGGCAAGAAAAUUCAGUUCUCUCUUGAGGAAGGACAGUGAGUGCUGAUGAGUCCAUGCACAGUUUUUGACAUCUCUUCUCCUCAGCAGGGAAAGGCAAAUGGGAGGGACCAGUAAUCUGGGGACCAAAAGCCUUAGUGCUGGUGACUCAGAUACCUUGUGUGAAACAGCAAUGCAGCUGGAGGGGUGCCAGCAGCAUCUCCUGGCCCAAUGCCUUGGCCUGACUGUGCUACCAAUCCACUUGAGUGGGUUUUGCCACUUCAUGGCCCUGCAGUGGAACCAGCAGGAGCUGGUGGUCUCACCUGUACAAUGGUCUCACCUGUACAAUGCCAUUCCUUAGGCCAUGAAGGAUACACAGUCAGCCUUGUAGCAAUUCACUGGGAUUGAAUAGGAAAAGAAGGUGGAAUGAGGGAGAAAAAGGAUUUUGAUUUAAACACAGAAGCUGGAAAUCAUCUCAUCUUGUACUGAAGGUCUAAAAUAAGCACAGUUAAUCUCACCCUAGAAAUUCUUGUUUGCCUCCACGGGCUAAAGGGGAGUUAGGUAAUGAGCUCAGAUACAGAGGUGCAAUAAAUCCCACCCCAGGUUUAUGGUCAUACCUGUUGCUGACAGGAAUGCCUGAUGAAAUUGGUGAAUAUCUCAGGAUGCACUGAGGCAGGAUGGGGCUGAGAUCAUGUUGGGAAGGAGCACAUAUGCAGAAAAAUAGGCAUGCAGUAAAUAUAUUUAUUUCUCAGAUGUUUCAAGUAUAUAUUUCAGACUUGGACCACUCUAUAAUUUACUAGGCCUAAUUUCAAAGUAGAUUGUUGAGAACUUAAUGUGCACCUUUUUCUCUUAAGAUUACUGAAAUAUCAAGAAAAUACAUUUUACAGUUUACUAAACAAUUGCAGGCACUUUUUCCUUAUGUUGCCUGGAAGUAGAGCUGGCCUCCUUUAAGAAAGGAGAAAGUUUUUCUGUAGAUGAUGAAAGAGAUGAGAUUGGCUAUGAGCCUAAGUGAAGCCAAUAUUACUCUUUUUUAUGGAAAUUCAACAGCAUUUUCCAAUUCAUUAUGUGAAAAUGGGAAUUUCAUCCAUGAUGAACAGCCUGUAGGUCACACAGAGGCACCUAAAGCUCGUGGCCUGCCAGCAGACCAGUGAAUGCCACAGCAGCUCCUAGGGCUGGCUUCCCUUGCUGUUGGGGGAGGCAGAAAGAGCCCUGGUGUGUUGGGGGAGCAGCCAGGUCAAGGUGGGCUUGCAGUGCCAUUAUCUCUUUCCAUGGAUGGCAACAGGAGGAGCAGGAGCCAAAGCAGAGGAGCCAGGCAGUGUGAGAAUUGCUCUCUGGGCAGUGAUCCCUGGUCCUCCUGUGCAGGGGCAUUGUUCUGUGCUGACCAUGGCAGAUGGAGACGAUAGCCAGAGUAACAAAUCAUGGCUUUUGGCAACUCCCUGCCUUCCUGGGCAUAUUAAUUAUGGAAACCUGGACUGCAGUGGUGUCUGCUGGCCAGUGCCAUGUUGCAGUAGGCAUCCUACAGAGACUCUCCUUGGAGUUGCCACCUUGCAGAAUUCAAAAGUAAACCACAUGGUGGAUGGGUGAGGGAAACAAAUGGGUGGGGGAGGCAGUACAGGGUGGGUGAAGUAACAGGAGGCUUACACGUUACACUCCUGCCAGUUGCAACAAUCCCAGGGUUCCCUGUCCAUUUCCCAUGCUGCACGUAGCACCAGUGGCUGAAAAGGCAGUGUGGCAAUCCCAGUGUGGGAUCAGCUGUUGGCUCUGGCAGUGCAGACAGCACACCACAAAGUACUGGCGCAUUGCGACUCUUCCCCAUCUCCCUUUUCACACAGUGAGCUCCUGAGCGAGGUUCCCUGGCCAGGUGAGGUAUGCAGAGACCAGUUUAUGACUAGAGUUAUUUUUGUAACAAACCACAGAGGUUCAUUUCCAUAUUUCAUUUAUAGCAACAAACGUCAGCGGAUUUUUUUGUAAAAUUACUCAAGUGGAGAUGGCUUUGUUUGCAGCUCAUAAAAUAACGCUCAUGUUGCUCUCUGAGGAUGUGCUACCCGAGGCCUCCCACCAUCCUGCUACAGCAGUUUGUCUUUCUGCUGACCAUAAUCCCACAGUAUGUCCCCAUACAGCAGGCAAUAUUGUUUACACAGGUUAAUAAACGGAGUAUUCUGUACAGUAAUUUAUGCUGUAAAGUAUGUACAUAUAUCACAGCAGCAGUCACAAAUGCUUUAAACUGCCUUAUUUAUUAGAUUGGUUAGCAUUUCCCCCCUUGCUCCAGAAUACUUUAAAUUAUUUUUAUCUUUGCAUUAGGUGUUUUUUUAGUUGCUGCAUUUUGACCCAGUUAUUGAAAAAAAGGUUUUUACAAUAAAUAAAUAUCUAAAAUUUAAGUAGAAAUAGCAAAUUCACUCCCCAUCCAACUAAUAUAGCUCUGAUUAUGAUUACAAAUAAAUAUGGUAUACUCUUAUCUGUGUAUCAUAGUAUAUGCCAGAAAUCAUAUUCCACUUGUGAUCAAUACAAACAAGAGCUUUAGUAACUUUCACCUAUUUCAUUAUUCCAUUGUGAGACAAAAAUAUAAUAAAAUACUUAAUGUAAAAUGUCCCCCCGUGAGAGCCCUGGUCUUAUUCCUCCCUCAGGCAAAACUCACAUUGGCUUCAGUGGGAGAUUUACCUAAGUACAACAUAGGGACAUUACAAAAAUAAAUAUAUGGCAUAAAAACAGUACUUGUGCUUUGUAGUCAGUCCUUUCCUCUUUAGUGAGAAACAUAGGGUAAAUGCUACAUCUGUAAUGCUCCUCUGUCUCACUCCUUCCCUUCUGCUCUACAAGUAAAAAACUGGGAUUUAAAACCAAUUGUAUUUGUUCCAUUUGCUCAAAAUAAAUAGAAAUAUUCUGGGGAUCAGUUCCAAGCCAAACUAGAAAAUAAAAGAAAAUGUUGCUUUGUUUUCAUGUUAAAUUAUGUUACACAAUUAAACAGGAUAAUGCAUACAAAGGCAAUGAAAUUAUUAAUUACUUGUUUUACUGUUUGGAGAUUUUGCUAUGUCCACAGUUCAUGUAAAACUCAUGUAGCACAGUUUCUGGGAUGGUGAAAAAUCCUACUGUAAUGUAACAGAAUGAGCCUUAAGGAUUUGUAAGAAUAAGCACUUUUAUAUAAAAAGCAAAUAUUAAUUCAUCAGUAAUAUUACUUUUUUAAUGUGACAAUAAACCAUGA